CGGGCCGGCUCGUGCACCGCGUGGACCCGAACUUCGUGUCCGUUACCAUUGACGCCAGCCUGGCUGAAGACGAGACGUUCAUGCGCAUGCUCAGGUCGGAACAGAACAUACGCGACGCGACGCCACGUGACCCCGCCCAUGGCAGCCCCUCUGUUGGGUCACGUGUCCACUGAUUAGCCUUUCUAUUGGUUAGUGAGUCUUCGGGUUCGUUUCUUUUGAGUAGGGUUUCUAACCUCAGGCGAAGUAGUUCUGAGCAUCCCAGAAAAGGGUUAAGAGUCUUAAUUUGAUUGGUGCACAUUGCAAUGGACACGUUGGUGAAGGAAACGGGGCUGAUGAAGAAGUGAUGGAAGAAGUACGGCAUCCAGGAAAGCAACUUGGAGCGACCGUUGCUGGUAGACUUUGCAAAAAGGAUGCAAAUGGCUGCAGCGAACACUUUCUUCCAGAAGAGGCAGGACCAUAAAGUGACGCACAAGAGCGGAGGUAGAAGCACGCAGGUGGCAGACGGACGAUGUCAUCUGAAGGAGGUAGUGGUAGGGGAGAGCGUGGCGAGACAGCAAAGAAGGGGAUUCUGGUGGUGGGGAGGAAGAUUAAGAAGAGGUGGUGGAAGCUGACAAAGGACGAGUGUUGUGCUACUUCUUCGGGAAGAGCUGAGACAGGCUCUCGGUGGACAGGAGGAGCUUCCGGAAGACUGGACCGCUACAGCCGAGGUGGUCAGAGAGACAGGCCAGGAGAGGAGACUUGCUGGUGGAAACUCAAAGUACAGCAAAUCAUACAAGGAAAGAGGUUAGCUAAGAAGAAGGUGGACAGUAAAGAAGGAGAAAAGGAUCUAUACAGGCUGGCCGGACAGAGGGAUAGAGAUGGGAAGGACGUGCAGCAGGUUAGGGCGAUUAAGGAAAGAGAUGGAAAUAUGUUGACUGGUGCCAGCAGUGUGCUAGAGAGAUGGAAAGAAUACUUUGAGGAGCUGAUGAAUGAGGAAAAUGAGAGAGAAGGGAAAGUAGAAGAGGCGAGUGUGGUGGACCAGGAAGUGGCCAUGAUGAGUAAGUUAGAAAGGCAUUAAAGAGGAUGAAAAAUGGAAAGGCAUUUGGUCCUGAUGACAUUCCUGAGGAGGUAUGGAAGCAUCUCGGAGAGGUGGCUGUGGAGGUUUGGACCAGCUUGUUCAAUAGAAUUGGCGUGCGUGAGAAGAUGCCUGAGGGAUGGAGGAAAUGUGUGCCGGUGCCCAUUUCUAAGAACAAAGGUGAUGUGCAGAGCUGUGGGAACUAGAGAGGAAUAAAGUGGAUGAGCCACACAAGGACGUUAUGGGAAAAAGUAGUGGAGGCGAGACUCAGGAAAGAAGUGAGUAUUUGCGAGCAACAGUAUGGUUUCGUGCUUAGAAAGAGGACCACAGAUGCGUUAUUUGCCUUGAGGAUGUGGAUGGGAAAGUACAGAGAAGGUCAGAAGGAGCUACAUGGUGUCUUUGUCGAUCGAGAGAAAGCCUAUGACCGAGUGCCCGGAGAGGAACGGUGGUACUGCGUGCGCAAGUCUGAAGUGGCACAGAAGUAUGUUCGAAUAAUACUCAGGACAUGUGCGAGGGCGGCAGAACAGCGGUGAGGUGUGACGUGUGACGGACGAAUUGAAGGUGGAGGUGGGACUGCAUCAGGGAUCGGUCCUGAGCCCCUUCCUGUUUGCAGUGGUGAUGGAUAGGCUGACAGAUGAGGUUAGACUGGAAUCCCCGCUGAUCAUGAUGUUUGCAGAUGACAUUGUGAUCUGCAGUGAAAGCAGGGAGCAGGUGGAGGAACCGUUAGAAAGAUGGAGGCAUGCACCGGAAAGCAGAGGAAUGAAGAUUAGCCCAAGUAAGACGGAAUAUACGUGCACGAAUGAGAGAGGUGGCGGGGGAAGAGAUGGCGAGGGUGGACGACUUGAAAUGCUCGGGGUCGACCGUCCGGAGCGACGGGGAGUGUGGUCAGGACGUGAAGGAACGGGUCCGAGCGGGUCGGAACGGGUGGAGGAAGGCGUCGGGUGCGUUACGUGACAGAAGAGUCUCUGCUCGUUUCGAAGACGGCGGCGAGGCCAGCCGCGGUGGACGGAUCAGAGACAGCGGCGCCGAAGAGACGACAGGAAGCGGAGCGCACGAAGAGGUCGACGUUCGCUCUCGGAGUGACCGGGUCGGAUCAAAUGAGAAACGAGCUCAUCGGACGGACGGCCGAGGUUCCGUGUUUUGGAAAGAGCGGACGUGGACGGUUAGGAAACGUCCUGAGGCGAGAGAGCGAGAGGAAGGCCAAAGAGAAGCUUGAUGGAUGUCGUGAGGGAAGACGUGAGGGCGGUCGGUGUCGGAGAGGAGGACGCGCUGCGGGCGACCGCUGACGGGACAAGCCCGAAGGAAAAGAAGAGGAAUAUUGUUUCUAUUGUCUUUUGAUUGGUGCGUUUAUCGAUGAGUGUUUCUGUGGAUUAGCAUUUGUAUUGGUUCGUGUGCGGAGACAGAUUGUUUCUAUGGAUGAUUGGAUUGAUUGCUCAGAGGAGUGGUCGUCAAACUUGUGACCCCGAGUUGAACCUCGGAAGAUAUUUGCCACUCCGAGUUCCGCCCUCGCGCCCAACUUGCAAAUACAGUAGCAUCGUAGGCCCAAGUGUUCAUCCAAAAUGCGACAGAGGUUUUAUUCCUAAAAACUCUCCCAAAGUGCGCGUGUUGGCGAAGGCGCUGUCUCCGGCGUUCGUCCGCUUCGGAGGAACCCGGCAGGACUUCACGGAGUUCCAGCCGCAGCGGAAGCUUCCGGCGGGCAAACCCAGAGGCUCGCAGCCCAAACUUCUGACGGGCCGGUGGGAGGAGCAACUAAUGGCGCAGUGGCGCAAACAACAACGGCGGCUCGCCAGAGAAGACGCCAGCGGGAAGUACCGACAGGUCAAGUUCACAGAGAGCACGCUGGACGAGCUUCACGCCUUCGCCAACGCGUCCGGCUUGGAUCUCGUCUUCGGACUCAACGCGCUGCUCAGGAACGCCGACAACAGCUGGAACGCCAGCAACGCGCGCGCACUGCUACGCUACUGCGAGGAACGGCGCUAUCGAGUCUCGUGGGAGCUCGGCAACGAGCCAAACAGCUUUGAGAAGAAGGCGGGUCUCCGCGUGAGCGGCGAGCAGCUGGGCCGGGACUUCACGCGUCUCAGGGAGAUGAUGUCCGAGUCGCCGUGGCACCGCCGCGCGCGCCUCUACGGGCCGGACGUGGGCCAGCCCCGAGGACGCACGCCGGACUUGCUGGACGGGUUCCUGCGCAGUGGGGCCGACGCCAUCGACGCCUGCACGUGGCACCACUACUACGUGAACGGUCGAGACACGUCGUUGGACGACUUCCUGGAUCCCAAAGUUUUGGACUCGCUGGCGCUGAAGACCAAACAAGUCAUCAAGGCGAGUCGCUACAUGCGUGUGCGUGUGUUGCGCGCGCCGACGCGACCUGACGUGUGUCUCGGUGCGUGUGCGCAGGAAGUGAAGCGCGUGUCUCCGGGGAAGCCCGUGUGGCUGGGAGAGACCAGCUCGGCCUACGGGGGCGGGGCUGCGGGCCUGUCCGACACGUUCGCGGCGGGAUUCAUGUGGUUGGACAAAUUAGGAACGGCGGCCACAGGGGGCGUGUCGGUGGUGAUGCGGCAGGUUCUGAUCGGCUCGGGAGCGUACCAUCUUCUGGACGAGCGUCUGGACCCGCUUCCUGACUUCUGGCUGACGCUCAUUCACAAACGCGUGGUGGGUCGCGGCGUCCUGAGCGCCGCCACGUUUUCCGCACAGACCCGAAGCGGCCGAGUUCGUCUGUACCUGCACUGCGCCGCCGCGCCCAGGUACAGAGAGGGCGCCGUCACGCUCAUCGCCAUCAACCUCGACGAAACGGCCGCCGACGUCGGCGUUCCGAGGCGGCUGGCGAGCGGCAAUGUCGACGCGUUCGUGCUGCGGUCGGACCGACGAGGCCGGGACGGACUUGUGUCCAGGCGCGUGACGCUGAACGGGGUCGCCGUGACGAUGUCGGGCUUGACGCUCCCCGAGCUGGUCGGCCGCCGAACGGCCGCGUCGGAACGCGUCGCGCUUCCCGCCUUCUCGCUCGCCUUCUUCGUCUUCACGGACGCGCGGUGCCGCGCCUGCGCCGACUGACCUUCGUCAUCAGCGGCAGCAGCUUUUGCUUUGCUUUUUAUAUGUCAUACAGAGCCCUGAGCAGUUUUUUUUGUUGAUCAACAACGCUGAUGGGAAGUCACAAACAUUUUUGCUUUCUUGGCCUAUUCUGCCUAGCAACAAGUGAGCUCACCGAAGUGUUACGUGUAGGGCCCGACCAAUUCAUGGGCCGAUACGAUGUUUUGUUUUGUUAGACAUGAACAUAUUCCGACAUAAGACAAAGAUAAACAAACAUAGACAAAUUGGCAAAAAAGUGGACCUUUUUUUGGGGGGGGGGCGCUGAAUUUUUUUUUUUUUUUUUUUUUUACCAUUUAUACUUUCAAAUUAAUCAGCCGAUUAAUCGGUUAUGGGAAUUUUGUUCUGCCAAAUAUCGAAUCAGACUCAUAAAAUCCAGAUGGGUCGGGCCCUAAUUAUGGGCAGAAAAAAGAAAAGUGGAUGGUAUUUUAUCAUGAACGUAAUCAAUAAAAACAGGUCGACAAGUGUCUGAUCGAUUGAUGAAUUUAUUGACGCCGGCGCCCUGUCGAUCAUUCUCGUGGAUUACGUUGAAGCGCCAAUCAUUCUUCGCGCCGGUCGCCGGGCGUGAUGCCGAAACAAAAGCGUUCGUAGUGCAGCUGGCCCGACGGGCGGAACGUCUGCUGCACCUGAAAUCAGAAUCGGAAUCCUCUUUAUUUGCCAAGUAUGUCCAAAAACCACACAAGGAAUUUGUCUCCGGUCGUCGGAGCCGCUCGAGUACGACAACGGACGGUCGAUUGACAGAGAACGCUUUGGAGACAGAAAGACAUUGGCAAAAACAAAAAACAGUCACUGAGCAAUAAAGGGUUGCUAGUUAUCUG